GUUUUAAGAUUUAUAUGCACCGUUUCAAAAUGUCUGCGCCCAUGAAAAAAGUGUCUCCAACUGGAAAAUUGGUUUUUGAGAGGUCUUCGUUCUUGAAUGAAAAAGAAAAACAUAGGAAGCGAAUUUUUGAACAUCCUUUUAAUUCUUCAGUUCAUAUUAUGCUUCCUGAGUGCUCGCAGAUUCCAAAGUCAGUAGACAAUUUAUUAUCAGAUGAGCAGGCUUAUUUCACACAACAGGUGCCAUUAGAUAAGUUGCUGGAUAUAGACUUCAUAGAAGGAUUUAUAAAAGCAGGCAGUGUGUAUAUGCUCUCCCAGGGGACCUCAGUUGAUGCAGAUGAUUGUGUUGCAUUGCUACCCACUGGGAAGCUUGUGCUAAACUUGUGCAAAGAUACUUUUCAACAACUUGGUUUAAAUGGUCAACCUUCAAAGGCAGGCAAGAACACUGGAAAAUAUGUGGUACAAGUAGAUACAGUGGCAGAGAAAUUUUACCCAGGAAUGAAACAGUAUGACCGUGUGAAGUGGUGUCUCGCACAACUUCAGCACAUUGAUUUUCUAGUUACUUGGAAGCCUAAUGAUGAAAAGGUGUGCCCAUCUUCCAUACAGAACUACUUCAUUACCAAAGGUUUGCAGUGUAGCCGACUUAAAUUGUCAAAGACUAUACAUGAGUUCAGAGAUAUCAAUGUCCCUAUCAUAGAUUCAGAGGUAUACUAUCCAAACAGUGACCAGGAAUACUGUGGGUAUGAGGAGAUGUUUGAAUGGCUUGGUGCCUGUGCUGUAGGCGUUGAUUUGUAUGAGGGAGAUGGCUAUGUAUCAACAUACAGUUGUCCAUGUCCUAGCAGAGAGAUGAAGUGUUGUGUGGGAUUACAGUAUGAGGGAUUUAUCCAUCCAGACACUGUACAGCAGACUAUAGAUUCCCUAAGGAAGUACAUGAAGGAGAAGAAACUCCCAUGGUGCAGUGUAACAGUUAAUGGUUUCAUGGAUACUCCAUUAUCGUGGCAGAAUGAUCAUGGUUUCCAUAGCAAUGGGGACAAUUUAUACACAUUACUUAUGUUCGAGAAUGAAGACUAUUGGUUGUUUUCAGCAAUUGGAGGCUGUGAUAUUUGUCCAUAGCUUGUUUUAUGUCUUAUGUAUUAAAGAAACAAAAUUAUACAAGACCUUAUAAUCUUUGUAAUGGACAAGAUGCAUGUUACCAGAAAUCAUGUUUUUAUACGCCCGAAGGGAAGUAUUAUGUUAUGGUCCCAGUGUCUGUCCAUCUGUCCGUUAGCAAUUUAGUGUCCGCUCUGUAACUCUUGAACCCCUUGAGGGAUUUCAAAGAAACUUGACACAAAUGUUCACCACACCAAGACGACGUGCAGAGCGCAUGUUUUGGAUGUCUCAUUUCAAGGUCGAGGUCAAAGGUCAUAUGAGUGUGUUUUGUGUCCGCUCUGUAACUCAAACUACUUGAAGGAUUUCAAAGAAACUUGGCACAAAUGUUCAUCACACUGAGACGACAUGCAGAGUGCUUGUUUCGAAUGACUAGCUUCAAAGUCAAGGUCACACUUAGGAGUGAAAGGUCAUAUAUGACUUUGCUGUGUCCGCUCUGGAACUCUUGAACUGCUUGAAGGAUUUCAAAGAAACUUGGCACAAAUGUUCACCAAACUGAGGCGAAAUGCAGAGCGCAUGUUUUGGAUGACUCACUUCAAGGUCAAGGUCACACUUAGGGGUCAAAGGUCAUAUAUGACUUUGCUUGGUGUAUAUUGCUCUGCAUUGCAGUGUUCUUGUUUUUAUUUGGCAAAAUACCUUCCAAUUUUUAGAUGCAUCUUGACAUAACUUUUAAGUAAGAAUUUUUUUGUGGACUUGGAAAUUGUUUUUUUGGGGGAAUUUCUUGUUUUUGUUGUUCUUGUCCUUUGGGCUUCAACAGUCAAGUUUUUUAAAUUUUGCUCCCAUCCUCUCAUGUAACCCUUCGGGUGUAUAUUGCCUGCUUGGCGGCGCUCUUGUUGUCUAUUGUUUUGAAAUUAAUAAAGCUUUACAGCUCCCCUGUGUUUGGAGUGCUCAUGGUGAUAUUACUACUGUGAUCAUUGUGUGUUUGAUGGUGUUUUUAUGCUGUCAGAAGUUUUACUACUCUAGGGGUCAAUAUUGGCCCAAUCACAAUGAAACUUGGCUGCCAGAAUGAUUUCAUCAGUAAAAUUUCAGACACAUUUGAAACUAGACUGUAUUUUUAUGACAGUGACAUCUUAUAAAAAGUGUCAGGUCAAUGUAGGACUUUUGUUUUGUCUUUUUGUUUUGGAUUUAACGUCGCACCAACACAUGAUAGGUCAUAUGGUGACUUUCCAGCUUUAAUGGUGGAGGAAGACCCCAGGUGCCCCUCCGUGCAUUAUUUCACCACGAGCGGGCACCUGGGUAGAACCACCGACCUUCCGUAAGCCAAGCUGGAUGGCUUCCUCACAUGAAGACUUCAACGCCCCGAGUGGGGCUCGAACCCACUUUGAUAAGGGGCAAGUGAUUUGAAGUCAGCGACCUUAACCACUCGGCCACGGAGGCCCCUGUAGGACUUUUGUCAAUUGCAGAGCCACACAGGGUUUUAUUUUGUACAACAGUGAUUACAAACAUGUACAACAGUGAUUACAAACACAAAAUCAAUUAUCAGAAUAUUUAAUUAAAAAAGAUCCAUACAGUCAUGUGAUUCACAAGAUCUGAAAGUACAAUUCAUGCAUAGAAAAAUCUUGGACAUUAUAUACAUUUCUGUACAUUCUAAAAUAAUAUUAUCGACCUCAGUCUAUGAUGAUAUGACCGGGGACAUGUUUUGCAAAAGCUCAUUUUAAUUAAAAUUUAAAUACAAUUGUAGAAUAAAGAACACAGUCCUCAGCUUGUGUUAAUCAAACCAAACUUA